GAAAUAAAGAAUUCACAAAAUGAAGAUUUUCCAGAAGGGACUUUGAAUAAAAGAAGACUUUUUGGAUUGACAAGUAUUUUCAUCUGUAAUGAAGAUAAUUGAGGAACAGAAGAUUGAGUGAGGCCUUACAGCAUUGGAACUGGAUUAGAGAUUUAGAAAAGUUAACUUUUGGCUUUAGUAUUCCAAUUUCAUAAAAUUCAGUUUCUAAACUGAUUUAGGGAUCAAAAUUAGAAUCUAGUGCUGUGCCAAAGGGUGCACUGGUACUUGUUCCAGCAUUUAAAAACAUUUUUUGUAGGAAGAAAGGAGAUAGCCAGGAAGCCAAGGACUAUAGUCAUUCAUAAUGAAAUACACAAAAUGCAAUUUUAUGAUGUCAGUUCUUGGCAUUAUAAUCUAUAUAGCUGAUUUAAUUGUGGACAUCUGUGCAUCUGUUAGGUUUUUCCAUGAAGGACAAUAUGUUUCUGGUGUUUUAAUAUUAAGCUUCAUGCUUUUUGGAACUCUUGUGGUCCAGUGUUUUAGUUAUACUUGGUUUAAGGAUGAUUUAAAAACAGCAGACCAAGAAAGUCAAAAUUGUUUUCUUCUACUCCAUUGCCUGCAAGGAGGAGUUUUUACAAGGUACUGGUUUGCUUUAAAAAAGGGUUACCACGUGGCUUUCAAAUAUACCAGCAAUACUCAGAACUUCAUGGAGGAGCAAACUGAGCAGCAUGAAGUUAUUGAUAGAGUGACUGAUUUGAGCAUGCUCAGGCUAUUUGAGACCUACCUGGAAGGUUGCCCGCAACUUAUUCUUCAGCUCUACAUCUUGUUGGAACAUGGUGAAAUGAAUUUCAUUCAGUCUGCAGCCAUCGCGAUUUCUUGCUGUGCUAUUUCUGUUGCAACGGUUGAUUUUCAAAUAGCUUUAAGAAAAUCUUUGCCUGAUAAGAAGCUUCUUAAUGGAGCCUGCCCCAGGACCACCUACCUCCUUUACAAGUUCCUGACAUUAGCAUCUUGGAUGCUGAGUGUUGUACUUCUACUGUUUGUAAAUGUUAACCUUACCUUAUUUCUUUUGUCAUUUCUUUGGCUGAUAGGUUUAAUAUGGGCAAUUAAAAAUCAAACUCAAUUUUGUAAUUCCAGAGGUAUGGAAUUCUUAUAUAGGAUGGUUGUUGGUUUCAUUUUAGUUUUUACAUUUUUUAAUAUUAAGGGGCAGCAUACCAGAUGUCCAAUGUCUUGUUAUUAUAGUGUAAGAGUACUGGCUACUUUGGGGAUAUUGUUUAUGUUCUGGACUUAUCCACUCUCUAUUUUUAACUCAGACUACUUUAUACCUACCAGUGUCUUUAUAGUUCUAACUCUUCUUUUUGGAAUCAUUUUUCUAAUCACUUAUUAUGGGAAUUGUCACCCAAACAUAAAUGAGGAUACAAAAGGUGAUGAAAUUGAUGGAAAAUCUGUUGAGAGAUAUUGUAGAAUGAGGUAUUUCCUAAUGGAAUAA